GCCGGUAAAUUUUUUUAAGUGCAGGUUUAAUAAACCGAAUUUUAAGCCAGAUGCUUUUACAGUAUAAUACUUAGCGCGCAUUUACAAGAUUUUAUAACGAAGGUGAAAUUAUAACUGACGGUCUAGUGUGCGCUCAUAACUGUAAUCACGUCUACCCAGUCAGUUCAAUUUAGAAUUCUGAAAAAGAAUUCGUAUACAAUUCGAGUUGAAUACCGUUUCAGAAAGUGAAUUGUACUGACUGGGUUUCACCAACCUGCACCGAGUAUCAGCAUUACACAUUGUUAAGUUCGCUUUUACACAAUUGUAUGGAGUUUUUCAGUUCAACUAUGUUAACACAAAAAUGUGUAAUCGUUGAACUGAAAAUCCCAAGCAAGUGUGUUAAAGUGAACUCAUAAUGUAAUGCUGAUUCUCACAGUGGAACGCUAGGGCUAGACGUUUGCCGCGCAAACUUUUUAUUUUGCGAAAAAAUUGAAACAAAGAGGGAAGAAAUUACAGCUACUCGAACGAAUUAAAUGAUUGAUUUUUGCCAAUACACGAAAUGGUAUGUAAAAAACAAUUCUGAAACAAAAAAAAAAUGUGCAUCAUGUGCAUCUAUUUUAGGACCAAAAAAGCGAAUCGAUUCCAAUCGCUGUGAAGAUAGAACGUCAAGGAAAGUUGCUGAAGCAAGCAAUAAUCGCUGUUGGUACCGAUUCAACAUUUACAAGUGUUAUCCAGCGGGCUCUGGAACAACCGCUGGCCGUGGAACAGAUUCAAAGCGUUUUUGCUGGGGUCAAAUCAUUUGAUCAAAGCGACCUUUUCAACAUUCCAGCACAGAACACCUUGUCGAACUGCGUCGCUGCUUUGGGCGGAUGUUCAAAAGUGCUCUGCAUCCUCGUACCGGAAAUUCCGGAACGACCUCCGGUAAAGAAUGCGCUUGCGAAUUUAAUGAAAAAUGCGGCGAUGGUCAAGCUUCCAGAAGAAAAGGCCGAGAACGAUGGGCGCUCCUGCAUCCACAAUCGAGUUGUGCAAUACCUUCGGGAACAAAGCAUUGGAUUUAGACCGUUCCAGAAAAACGAGAUGGAUGCUUUCAUGACUACCGUCGGUUCUACGUUAUGGCAGCUGGACGGAAGCUGGCACAAAUUUCACACGGCGUCAAACGUACAAGCUCUCCCAGAAUCGCUACAUUUUGUCCCAGAAGGCCGUGAUUCAUAUCGCAUUCUACAUCACGGAAACCACAAGAAAAAGUGCACUCCCCAAAUAAAAUCGGACGAACUGUUGGUCAAUUACGAACGCCUCGAACUCUUGACAACGAAACGCUAUCUGCAGGCCGAAGACUGGAAACCGGUUUUACGUGAUAUUCAACAGCUGAAAGAUUCUAUUGGUGACUAUCUUCGCCACGUUUUUAGAGCCUGUGAUGUUAAGUCCGCUCCAUCAUGUGAUUUGGAGAAAGUAGAUGUUGAAAACCGCGUCCUAAAAGUGGUCCUCCCCGUCCAUCAGCGAGAUGAAAGUGUUAAGCUGCGUUACAAGGACCUGGAAAAACGUCUUUUGGAUGUCCCUACUUACACCGAGUUGAAUAUGAUUUUUGUCACACCGAUUGAACGCAGGAUGAAGCACAAAUAUAUUAUUAGACUCCAGCUGGGAUUUGCAGUUCAUCUGUAUCGUACGUAUUCCCCAAAUGCGACGUUUGUGUGGAGGAUUGAUCUGAGCGAUAGUGACGUAAACUCUGCGUUGGUUGUGGCGAGAAUUGAGAAGAACCUGUUUGAACGAGUUAUGGCUGAUAAGCUUAAAAAGCUGGAAGAAACCUUCGGAGGAACCGCCAACUGGACUGAGUCGAAAGUUCUAGAACUCGUCUCGGCAGCGCAAGAGGAUGAUUCUCCACCGAACGGUGCCACCCAAGCGGGCUAUAAACUGCUGCUUGACGAAGGCUAUGGAGUUUCGGAGGCCGUUGAGCUGGAGAAAGAUGCAGUAGCAUGCUCAACGGGAAAGUUCUCAAACUUCUGGGACUCCGUUUCGAAGGUUCUGGCGGCCGACGACUUAACUGUCGCUGAGGAACGGCGACAUGGCGAGACAAGCUGGAUUUCUCCUCUGUGUGUGUCGCUGAGCGAUCUUAUGCGGAAAUGUGAGGUUGAAAUGGAACGCAGUUUCCCUAAUUCGCCGAUGAACUUCAUUCCGUCUUACGAGUACUUUAGGCUCCAGUUCGUGCCACGCAACAGUCAUACAGAAGUAUCUAAAAGGUACUACGGGCGAUUUGACGUCAAAUUCGGCUUACAAAAGCGAACAUUGCACAAGUCACAUGUUGACCAGCACUUCGGAGCCAAGCAAUUCCAGUUUCUUAAAGCCAUGGCUGGAAAAUUUUGUGAUCAUUCACUUGCGUUUUUCAUGGAUGACAAAGCAACGAUUCCAGUUGGUUUCGUCGGAGCGCCGGUCAGUGCCACUCGUCGACAAAGAAGUGUGCUGAUGGCCGGCUUGGACGGCAGAGGAUUGAAUGCCAUGGACCAUGAUAACAUUCCGCAGCAUAUCGUGCCAUCAGUGUCUAUCAAGAUUGUCCCACCAAAGGAACUCACCGAUUCGUGGUACUGUGGAAAGCCGAUCAUUAUUGCCGAAUAA